CACGCGAGCGGGAGGUCUCCAUGGCAACUAGUGGGGCCUGCGCAAGACCCACUCGCCGCCACUGCUGCCACUGCCGCUGGCUCCGCACCGACCCUGCCCGCACCGAGGUCACGCUACGACCUGCUCUCUACUACGACCCCGGUCCCGCUCGUGCGCUCGCCCGUGCGCCCGCCCGAGGCCGUCCUUCUCACGCCGCCGCGGCCUCCCUGGCCUGACCUGACCGGGAAGCAGUUCCGGCGGAGGGCCGCUGUGACUCAUCCGCCUGCCAGCGUCCCCAGAUCGUGCCAUCUUGGCUGCGGCCCGCGGGGCACCCGGAGCCACGGAGGGAGCCGCGGAGACCCAGGUACGCGCCCGUCUCAGGCCCCGCGCCUCCGCAGGCCCCAGAACAAGUCCAACCUCCUGUGCUGCCCGCCUUGGCUUUGUGAGGUCCGCGAUAAAGGAGCAGAUCCGGAAUCGGGGAUCCCAAAGGCCUGCACCACCUCCAUCUCUUGGCGUGUCCACCCUGCGUUCACUCUGAAUCUUGAACCCUACCUAUUCUCUCAUUCCUGCCUGGUCUACCCAAUUUUAGCAUCACCGGUCUUCAGGUUCCGGGUUACCCAAAGCCCGUUCUCCCACCCAUCAGUUCAUCCUUUGGCUGACCUCUGCCAACAUGGUCCAACCCCAGACAUCAAAAGCUGAAACCCCAGCCUCUGCAGCCUCUACUAAUGCCCAAAUGGAUGAUGUCAUUGACACCUUGACCUCUUUGCGCCUCACCAACUCCGCACUCAGGCGGGAGGCCUCUACGCUGAGGGCGGAGAAGGCCAACCUCACUAAUAUGCUGGAGAGCGUGAUGGCAGAGCUGACCUUGUUACGCACCAGGGCCCGGAUUCCUGGUGCGCUGCAGAUCACCCCGCCCAUCUCAGCCAUUACCUCGAAUGGGACCCGGCCAAUGACCACGCCUCCGACCUCUCUGCCUGAGCCUUUUUCCGGGGACCCGGGCCAGCUGGCAGGGUUCUUGAUGCAGAUGGACAGGUUCAUGAUCUUCCAGGCCUCCCGCUUUCCAGGUGAGGCCGAGCGCGUGGCCUUCCUUGUGUCCCGGCUGACCGGGGAGGCAGAGAAGUGGGCGAUCCCCCACAUGCAACCUGACAGCCCCUUGCGAAACAACUAUCAGGGGUUCCUGGCGGAGUUGCGGAGAACCUACAAGUCCCCACUGCGGCACGCCCGUCGCGCCCAAAUCAGGAAGACUUCUGCCUCCAAUCGAGCUGUGCGGGAGCGGCAGAUGCUGUGCCGCCAGCUGGCCGCCUCGGGCACAGGCCCCUGCCCUGUGCACCCAGCCUCCAACGGGACUAGUCCCGCCCCUGCCCUGCCCACCCGAGCACGGAACCUUUAAGAACCUGUCACCACCCUGGUCGAGACCGCAACUACCAGGUCCCAAACCCUUUGCUGCAUAGAAGAAAAGCCCCUACCACAGCAUCCUUGUUUGAGACACCCCUUUCUGCCUCUCCCGACCUGCUCCAGAAGAUCUUCAUACUCUUGGGCACCUGGUCACCCACCUCGCUUCCUGGUGUUCCGUGCUAGCUCCGCACCUGCGCCCCUGUGCAUGUUUCCCCUCCCAUGCUUGCAACUGCAGCUCCUCGGGUGACUGCAGCUCUGCUGCUCCAUCACAUCCACCCCACAACAUGCUGCGGACCCUUAGGGCUGACCGACCCUUCCUGGCCUGACAAGGUUCACCAACGCUCCUCUUCUGCCCUCUGCAAACCCCCAGGGCAGCGCCCCACCUGGCUGCCCUGUUCUCACUGAUGAGCUUGCUGAUGAGAGAAGGCACUUUGGAUGGCUGGUGGCUUGAUGUGGGGACCUGGAGAAGGGAGUCUGGCCUUCCACCUGUGAGGUUGCUAGUCUGUCCAGGGCCCAGUGUGGCAGGCAGGGGCCCUGUCCUUGCUCUUGGUGGCUGAGCAAUCACUGCAGGGAUAUAGUGCUAGCAUGUCUGGGGGCACGCUCCAGUCUGCACCGGAGUAUGCAGUCAGUGGGCUGGUGGUUGCUGCUGGGAAAGGCCGAAACACAGGUUAAGGGAGAGACCUAGCGGAGACACUUCGGUGAAUGCCUGGCUUGAGCUGCCAGUGUUCUGGUGGCGCCGGGAGUUCUGGGAACCUGGAACUUGCCUGCUAGAGAAGGUGACUGACUUUGGACCACUGGGCUGCUCCCAGAAGCAGCCAGAGCAGCCUGUGCAUGCACGCAGUGCCCAAGGACCUCUGCGGGCUGAGGACUUGGCCUCCUGUGGGGAUGACCCCUGGUUGCUAGUGCGUGGUUACCCUUCCACUGUCCCAUGUCACUUGGUGGCAGGUCUCCUCUGGCUUGAGACUUGUUCUCUUCUCCAUUCAGGUGACAAGUGGCCUUCACCUCAGCCCCUCAGCCACCCACAGCAUCUGUAGGUCUCCAGAGCCCCCAUGUAGCAUGCCGCCCCCCCAUGCCAUCCAUCUGGUGUCUAGCCUUUACUCAAGAAAACUUGGCCUCUGACAGCCAGAGACCCACUUCCUUUGGGAUGCGUCCGUAAGCACGGAAGGCAAAGCAGGACUGGCCUCUGGUCGCUCCAGCCAGGGCCUCAGUGACAUUUGGAAAGGAAAAGAGCUGCGGACUACCUCCAUCCUAAGGCGACAGUGCAGACUGACACUCAAGUCCUAACUCUGAGGGACAAAGCCAUACUUCUUAGUGGUGGGCAGCGUUGCACUAACUCACGGGGAUGCCUGGCAUUCUUUUCCCCAGCGAGUCUUGGCCAAGUCAUUUGGCCAGUGAUGCUCCUGCCACAGUUGAAUGCCAAGUGACCUGCAUUUAUGCAGCCGCCUGGACAAUGGGGGGAGCUGGGGUGUCUUACCCUGGGCUUGUCCCUCCCUGUUCUGCUUGGCUGCAGAGGGACAGCUGCUGCACCCACCCAAAGACAUAUCUUGGGUUACCCAGAGGUUGGGUCUUGGGGCCCAUCCUUUCUUCCUACCUAAGAGUUUUGAUGAUGCUGAUGAAAGUGACUGCGUUCCUGAAGCAACUACUGCCUUGCAAGGUCAAGGGUACCCAGUGGUUGCUGAUGUUCGUGGGUCACUGCCACUCUCAUUGUAAACUCUGUUAGCCCAAUUGCCCUGCUGAACAACUGCCUGAAUACAGGCGACAGGCCCCCUGGAUUCCAGCCACGGCUGUUCAGGUGGGCCCUUGGUGCUCAUUAAGCUUGAAGUGGGGGAGGACACAGUGGAGCCCCCCAUUCUGGGGGUGGGGCCUCAGUCCAGGUGUGAAGACCACUUCCACUUAGGGCUCAAGUUUCCCUCUGCCUGCAUGCCAGGUGGAGGCUGCUGCGAUGAAGGGUGCGGCGUCGCCUGGGGCAAAGGAAUGCCUGCAGCUGGAGCAGGAGCCUGGAGGCUGUCUGUGUGGCCCAGCGCAGCUGGGGAGGGGGGCCCAAUGCAGGUGCAGGGCAGGAACUCGGCUCUCAGCCACCCCAGGCCCACUUCAGUGUCUGCACCAGGUGCAGUGUUUCAGCCACGCUACCCACACACCAGGGCCAGAGCCGCCCACACCUGUGACACUGAACGUGGGCCGCGGUGCCUGGCCCAGCCUGCUGCUCCAGCUUCCUUUAGCCUAGUGACUUAGUGCUUACAUUUGUGGGCUUGGGACUGGCGCUGUUGGACACCCACAGCCUUGGCUGCUACCUGCAGCUGUGGAAGCUGGAGCAGGCGAGCGAGUGGGGUGGCCCCCACGUUGGACAGGGAAGAAAUGCCACACAGGAGCCCACUGGCUCCAGGAGAAGACACCCAGUCCCCAGCAAAAGUAGAUGGGACCUGAGCUCCAUGUGGCCCAGAUCUAGGCCACAGUGGAGGGCAGGGUCAAGCUGAAGAAGGAAGUGGGGGAGGGGAGCUGCUUCGUACAUGCCUUGGGGUUAUGCUUUCUCUCCAUUUAGGAGAACUUGUAUUGAUUUACAGAGGGUCAGGCCUUUAGUGUUGAUGCAUGUGAGGGUCAGAUUUGCUUUCCAUGGUGUUGGCCUUGGACAGGACUGUGACUGCUUUCUGGUCCAUGGCAUCCCCGUCUGGGAAGUAAGCUUCAUUUCCUAACCACGUCAUGUGAGGUGGGAUUCCGAGUAAGGGGUGGCUUCCUGGUCCGGUACAGAGUGUGACCUUGGGGUUCGAUGCUGAAGUCCUACAGCAUUUCAGUGACUUCUGGGGGAAAGCAAGACCCAUUUUUCUGGGUCCCAGGUAAGUAAGUGUGUGACGAGUGAGUCAGGUCGAGGACCGUGUGGAGGUGCAGGUGAGGCUCCCUGACACACAUGCUUCUGAAAAUGGGGGACAGAAUCACCCACCGGGUGACUGUGAGCCUGACAGGCCUGUGGGACGGUGGACAGCUGUGGGCAGAGGUGGGCAUGGACUUGGGAAGGCAAGGGACCCCUUGACUGUGAGUGGGGCUUUGGGUUGGGAGAGCCGCCUGAGGGUCCCUCUGUCCGUCCAGCAGCCAGAGCUGUGGGACUGAGAUCACCUGUGCUCGAGAAGCCAUGGCAGCUUCAGGAUGAGGAGGGGGUGCUCCUGGGGCGGAGCGGGCUGGCUCUGGGCUGUCAGCGCCUGCAGGUGUAGGGAGGGGCCGAGGGUCAGGGCAGGCCCUCUGCCCACUGAAGGGAGCUGCCGUCUCCCGUGUCACCUCAGGGUCUUGGCACCCGGCAUAGUGGAGACCGAAGGAACCCCAGGUCCUCACUUGAACCUCACUAACCCCUUUCCAUGAACAAGUAACAGCCUGCUAGGUCUUGGCAAACCUACACAUCACAGAGACUCUGGAACAUUAAGUAGAGCAAAGAAAAGUGAAAUUCAACAGUUUGGGAUCUCUCAGCCUCCCUGUCUUCCUUGUUAUUACUGGUUUUCUUUGAAACGGCCGGUACUGCUCCAUCAGGCAGGCAACUAAUCCUUCCCGGUUAGAAAUAGAUGGUAUCUUUGUGCAUAAAGCUUUCUCCCAUGUCCCACUAUCCCCUUAGGAUAGAUUCUGGAAGAGGGAUUGUUGAGUGAAGGUAGGAAAACUGCUGAGGCUGUGGUUACAUACUGACCAAACGGCUUUCCAAAAUGUGUCCGCUUACACUGCCACCAGCAAGGACGAGUCGGCCCGCUCUGCCGGCCUGCCAGUGCCGAGUAUCAUCAACGGGCCAAGUCUGCUAAUUUGAUAAUGAAAAGAUGGCACUGUGUUUUCAUUUGUAUUUCUUUGUUUUUAACCCAGUUUAACAUCUUUCCAUGUUAAGCCAGUUGUGUGUCCUCUUCUGUAAAUCGUCACCAUCCUUGGCUCUUAUUUGUCUCCUGGGGUCUGUCUGACGCAUCUGUACAAGCUCGUUGUACAUUAAAGAUACUAACUGCCGUGUGUCAGC